AUGAGCUCUGUUUCUUCCCCGCUUCCAGAGGGGAUUUUCUCCCUUCUGGAUACAGAUCUUUAUAAACUCACUAUGCAGUGUGCUGUUUUGAAAUUCUUCCCUGAUACUCUGGUGACCUAUGGCUUCACGAACCGCACCCCACACAUGAGACUAUCACGAGAGGCGUACAAGUGGCUGGCGGAGCAGAUACACAAGUUGGGGAAUAUACGAGUGACCCCGGAUGAGAUUGCGUUUCUCAAGAAAUCAUGUCCCUAUCUCAACGAUGCGUAUCUUGCGUACCUGUCGAACCUCAAACUGUCUCCGUCCGAACAGAUCGAAAUCAAAUUCACCCUUAUCAAUGACACUGGCAGUGACAGCGACGUCGGCGAUCUCGAAUAUACCAUCAAGGGGCUGUGGGUGGAGACCAUUUUAUAUGAGAUUCCUCUAUUGGCUUUGACAAGCCAAGCGUUCUUCAAGUUCUGUGACAAGGAUUGGAAGUACGAUAACCAGGAGGAAAAGGCGUACCAAAAAGGCUGCACCUUGCUGGAGAAUGAGUGUGUGUUCUCUGAGUUUGGCUCAAGACGUCGACGGGAUUACCACACCCAUGACUUGGUUAUGAAGGGGCUGAUGCGCGCGACGCAAGACGGCAAGAAGAAUGGCUGGAAGGGAGUCUUCACAGGUACGAGCAACGUUCACUUCGCCAUGAAAUAUGGCGUCAAUCCCGUUGGCACUGUCGCCCACGAAUGGUACAUGACCAUUGCUGCCAUCACCGACGACUACGAGAACGCAAACGAGCUAGGCCUACAAUAUUGGAUGGGCUGCUUUGGCGAGGGAGUCCUCGGUAUUGCGCUCACAGAUACCUUCGGUACGCCUGCCUUCCUUGACGCUUUCCGCAAACCAAUCUCUGCCCAUGUUACCGCAGAGUCUGCACCAAAAGGCGAAAUCAAAACAUAUGCACAGGUAUACACCGGAAUCCGUCAGGACUCCGGUGACCCUGCGUAUUUCGUGAAGAGGGUUCGCGAGUUUUACGACAAAGAGGGCAUCACGGAUCCGAAGACAGUGGUCUUCUCUGACUCGUUGAACAUCGAGAACUGCCUCGAGUACAAGGCUAUUGCCGACAAGGCCGGGUUCAAGCCCGUCUUUGGUGUUGGCACCUUCUUCACAAAUGAUUACACCAAUGUCUCCAAUGGGGAAAAGUCCAAACCGUUGAAUAUCGUCAUCAAGAUCGCCACCGCGAAUGGUCGCCCGGCCGUCAAGCUCAGCGACAACAUGGGCAAGAACACAGGUGACAAGGACAAGGUCCAGGCUGUGAAGAAGAAACUGGGCUACAUCGAACAGGAGUGGCAGGAAGUGGACGAGAGUAAUCGCUGGACAAAGAAGUAA